GAAAUGAGCUUAGAAACUUCUGUUAACGCAAGUUGUACAAAGUCGUUGAUUGGUCCACUGUAGUGAUUUAGAUGUGAUAAGGGCUAUAGUGUGAUAUUACGCACUCAUUAAGUUGCUCCAUUGCGCUAUUGUAUUCCCAGCUACUGCCAAAUUGUGAAACGUGCAUCUGUGCUGACUACUACACCAGAAUAUGCAGGAUCUAAUACUAGAUAUCCACCUGCUAAUAAAACCUUUCCUGGUGCACUGACUGAGAUCAUUGUUAAAGUUAAACGACGAUGCUACCAAACUUACAACUACCAUUACAACUGUUUAAGAAUGAAAAUGUAGAGUUAAGUAAUCAAAGAAUGAAUUUACGUCCUAGAAGGAGACAGCCUAUCAUUAAUAACACCCAACAAUCACGAAUACCAAAUGCGAAUAAUUGGGAUUUAGACGUUAAUAGUACUGCAUUUCAAGACGUUAUGGCCGGUAGACCUAUCGGUUCACAAGCUUUUAUAGAUAAACUACAGCGCGACGAAACUGCACUCAAAGACCACAGUAGUCUUAUCAGGGAUUGGGGAAAUAGCUGGAUCGUGCCUUUCGGUAAACGUCAAACUCAAUUAGAUGAAGAACACGACGUGAGUUGCUUUUUAUUACGCGUUGCCUUGUUUUCUAAACAAUAUAGGCUGAAAUUUCAAUUGAAGAGGAUUAUCUCGAUGACGCAGACGAUGACGACGAAGAACUUAUAGAGGAUGGAUACGAGGAGGGCGAUCUAGAUGAUGAGAUUGAGGAUGUCGAUCAGAGCGCAUUCCAGUCUUCCCCGCCAGAGGAGGAAGUCGAUCUUGAUGAUGAUAUACCCGAUCAAGAGGCAUGAACAGACGUUACUUACUUAGUAUACAUAUAUUUGUCAAUAAAAUCAUUAAUAUAACUUAUUUAUAUUCGUAAUAGUUCUUCUCGUCUUGAAUUGUCUGACUAAACAUGCUAGCAGAUUCAUCCUCGACUUUUGUUAAGACGUCUAUCCUUUUUUUAUGAUCAAUCUUCUUCGUCAUGAUCUCAAAUGCUGCUGAAAUUGGCCUAUGAUCUGAAACAUUAACUUCGUAUCUCUUGUAAUGUAAAUUAUUAACUCUUGGUAAGUGUACCGUCCGUGAGAGAAUUCUAUCGCACCAUGCGGGUAUUCUUCUUUUAUCUGAUGUAUCAUAAACAUCUGUUUUCCUAUCAUAUUUGUAGGUAGGCGCAUAUGUAAUUGGUGGUUCCUUGAAAUCUCUCAACUUGAAUUGUGCGUUAGUUUCCAUUUGUUUAUUCAAUUGAUCGUGAUGUAAUAGGUAUUCAAAAUUAGAUUUAGAGAUUGCUGGUAUAACUGCUUCACGUCGCAGAUCAAUUCUGUAAUUAAGCUGGAUGAUAUGAGAAAAGAUUAGGAUAUAGAAAGAUACUCACAUCUCCAUUAAGGAAUGUCAUUUCGUGGUCAAACACACUCGAGCCGUCUCCGCCAUUUACAUAACUAAGAUCUGAGCGUACUGGUUCAUCCGCAAAGGCAACUUUUUCUUCUAAUAUCGACACUAAGUCUGCAUUCCGCUGCUUCGUAUGCUUCUGUCCAGCCGCUAAAUGGCAAUUCACAAAGCAAAGCGAUGAAUCGUCAACUACGAAUCGUGAGAUAAUGGCUCCCUGUUUGAUAAUUAGAAAGAACGUUUCACGGAAUAUUGCUCACCUUGUUACCAUAUCUACCUUUCAAUCCAGUCUUCACAGUUGUGAUGGCAACGUCUGCAAGAUGGUCCUUGCGUUCUUUGCGAAUGAAGAUACAGGUGAAUAACCCCACAAGAUUCUCCGCAUGUAAGACCACAUAUGGGCUAUCCUCGGGCAUAUUUCUCUUUACUUCCAUAACUAAAUGAUCGUACCACAGUCUAUAAGAAUGUGAAAUACGUUCUGACAAUGCAUUAUCAGCCUUCUUUUUCGAGAGUAACAUAGUCUUAGCUGUUAGCUUUUUAUCUUCUAAGUCUAUCAAUUCUUGGAAUCCAAAUACAAUGAUAUCUGGACUGUUCGUACUAUGCAAUGCGUUUCUCAAAAAGGACGAAUUGCUACUACUAUUAUUAGACUUUGAAAACAAGCCACCUUUAUCUACCAAAUCUGAAGGUUUUGAAGCAUCGGUAUUCCAUGAUACAAUUAGCAACCUCACAGGGCUGAACGAGCAGAAGGAAUUCUCUCUAUUUUGCAACUCAGUCGAGAUAUGGGCAGUCUUGAGCAUACCAUCCCAAUAAUUAAUGUUCCAAUCAGCACCUGUAGUUAUUACAGCUAGAUGUCCAAACUCUAGUAGUGCGGUGUCAACUUGGAUAGAAAGUACUUUCUCUUUGUGAGCUUGCCAAGUCUGGACUACCCUCCAAUCGGUAAUAGAACCUUGAUUUGUAUCCAGAACAUUAAUUUUACCACUAUGGAAACCGGCCCAUAGAUAUCCUCCUACCCCUGCGAGUGCAUCUACUUGGGUGGAUGACACUUUCGUCACACUCCUGAAAUCGUAUUCAGACGCUGACCAAACACUGACGAAACCACCCUGAUGACCCAAAUAAACAUUUGAGGGUAUAGACGGGAUUAUAGUUCCACUUGUGACAGCUAAUUGUUGAACCGUAGACGUAGGCAUCACACCAUUGGGCGUCAGGUUAAAAGUACCGCCAUAAACAGCUCCAAUCGGGUCGUAUACUCUCACAGUGAUACUGCGAGACGUGUUUGACUCGGAGUUGUGUGAAGCUGAUGACGCUAACCAGAGUUUAUCGCCUAAGAAGUUGACAAAUGUGAUGUCUGCAUUAACUUUAAACAGUUUAUGUGGCGAAUUAAGUGUAGGUGAUGUACUACCAUCUUCAUGAGUGACAGGUAAUGAUUGUUUAACCUCCAAAUGCCAAUAAUUGCGCUCGUAUGCUGAUGCAUAGACCAGUCGUAGGCUUUGCCGUCGAUGGAGUCCAUUUCAAACAGCGAACCAUCCUUUGUACCACCCCAAAACAUGCUGCUGUUUGAUUGCUUGAAAGUGAUCGACGUGAUUUUUGUGUCUCUUUCAGCUGUUUCAAAGAAAGGCGCAUCAUUGCCAUUCAUAUUCGCAGCAUCGUAUAUUCGAACGUGAUGACUUCCAGUUACGACGAGAUUGUUUGAUGUUGCAGCGCUAUAAAAUUGAGUUUUUGAAUUGACAGAAUGAAAACCUUUAAGAAAUGGUUUACGACGGUUAGCCUGUGAUACGUCUGGAAGCACACCUGGUGCUCUCCUCGAUUGUGGGCCUGCCACGGAACUCUCGUCUAUCUCAUAGUGAUCGUCCUGAUCGCUUUCGCUGGAGUAUCCCUCAUGCUCUAUGUCCACAUUUGAAGUAUCGGCUGCCGUAGAU